UUAAAUAUUUAAUAAUAUUUUGUUGCAUUUCAUAAAAAAAAUCGAUCCCUUCAACGAAGGCAGCAGGAAUUUUACCGAUAUAAGAUAAUCUUAGUGGACACAUUAGCUGCUUGGAGCCACCACUAUGACACAUGAAUGCAAAAACGAUGUGGCUGAACAUACGUCUUUAACAUGUCCUCCAGCAGUAAUGAGCAGAAAACGGAUAAUGAAGAACAUUUUCGUAAUGUGUGUCGGUGCUUUUACACUUUUUACCGCAUACGACGGGCCCACCAUGCUCCAGAGCACAAUGAACAAAGAAGGUGGCAUCGGGGUUGCAGCUCUGGCAAUAAACUAUGCCUUUUUUUGCACAUCUGCACUUCUGUUUCCCAAGUACUUUAUAAAAAGAUUCGGAAGCAAGACUACGUUUGUGCUUUCUAUGAUUUUAUAUAUUCCGUACAUUGCUUCGAAUUAUUACCCUCACUGGGCUGUGAUGAUUCCUGUUUCUAUGAUAAUUGGGUUUAGUGCUGCACUGCUGUGGAGCUCGCAAGCAACUUAUUUAAAUGACGCUUCUGUUAUGUUAGCAAAGUUGAGUACUUUUAGUGAAGAAAACAAUACGUGUCACUUUAAAAAACCAAGGAACACGAAUGAUUCGAAGAAAUUAGAAACAAAUGAUAAAACUUACGAUUUGAACCAGACUUUACCAUCCAAAUCAGUAGUGAGGACUAAAAAUGAACUUCAAGCAGAAACAAGUAGUGAAAAUUCCAAUACAGGACACACAAAUGGCAAAAAUUCUGAAGUAGAGAAUUCUUCCCAUUGUAAUGCAACAAUUAGUGAUAAAAAUACCAUUCAUACAGAUCUAGACGAAGCCAGCGACAAGACUUCUUCUCAUGCGAACAUAAAGGAUGCAAAUGGCAAGAAUCAUUCUGAUACAAAUCCAAUUCAAAAGAAUAUUUUCUAUAACAGUCUAGAAGAAAGUGACAAGAAUCGAAUGGAACCAAAAGCAAACGAUAAAAACAUUCAUAUAAAUCUGGAAGCAAGUUGUAUGACAGCUCCAUCUAGUGAAAUCAUAGCAAGUCAGGAAAAAACUCUCCAUACGAAGUUUGGGAGCACUGAGGAAGGGAUUAAACAACAAAUAGCCACGAAUAAGAAUACGUUACAUGCACUAAAUCAGCAACAAUCAAUAAAUGAAACUUUGCAAUCCAAUGAUAGUAUUCGAAAUCUAAAAAUUUCUGAGUGUUGUUCUUUGAGUAACAAAGUUGCAGAAAAAUAUCACACAACUUCUGCAGUUCCUAUUGAAUUAGCAAACGAUAAGAAAUGUGGAGUUCCAGUCUUAUCAGAUAAUUCAGUUUGGAACAUUAGUGAAAAUUUAAGAACAGAAAUGAUUCAAAAUAGAACAUCGCACGCAAAAUUGACUGAUGCGAAACACACUAACAAUAUACUUAGACCAAUGCCAAAAAAAUUUCAAAAAUGCAGUCAGGAACAUUUCAGAAAUAAAGUGGAAUCCAUAACAGCUCGGGUGUUUGGGAUACAUGGCAUGGCUUUUCUUUUAAGCCACUUAUCGGGCAAUCUGUUGGCCUAUUUCAUUCUUAAAAGGGGUGUAGAUGCACCGAAUGUUUUCAUCAACUCUACCUGCGCGUAUGCGUGUGGAGCGAACUAUUGCAAUGCCAACUCGAACUGUUUAACAAAUGAUUUAGAAAAAGUAUCGGAUAAAACUAGAAUCAUUUUGACAACUGUUUGCGUUUCCCUUUCAGUAGUCUCGAUUCUGAUUGUGGCUUUAUUUCUGGAACCGUUGGAGUCUGAAUCUGAGAAAGCACCAUUCUCCUUACAGUUUCUGAUGGCAACUUACAGAAUAACUAAACGCACAGAUUUAAUAUUGCUUAUUCCAUAUACUCUAUAUCUAGGACAGAUUCAAGGCUUCUUUGCGGGAGAAUUUAACAAAGCAUAUGUAAGCUGUGCAUGGGGAACGUAUCACGUGUCUUUGGUCUCCAUAGUUUACGGAUUCUUCUGUGCUGUUUUCGCAACUUCUUCUGGGUGGAUUGUCAAAUUUUUCGGUAGACUAGCUCUGUUUACUUUCGCUGCGCUUCUCAACAUAGCCUUCAGCGCUUUGCUUUUGCUUUGGAAGCCUUUGCAUCCUGAAAUGUUGUUUACAACAGCUGGAAUGAUUGGAGCUUUCGUCGGAAUGGGUUGGUCACAGUUAAGAGCAUUUUACGGAGUCCUUUUUAAAGCAGAAGAGGAAGCAGCAUUUGGAGCAUUUUAUGUAUGGUAUUCUAUAGGCUUCUGUCUAUCAUUCGCCUACAGUACCUAUUUCUGUACAUCUGUCAAAAUAUACGUUUUAAUCUUCGUGUCUAGUGUCGGUUACAUCGGAUAUUUCAUUGUAGAAAAGAGAUUUUCAAAAUUUAAAAACAAAGGCAGCUCUGUUAUGAAUUUGAAUUGAUAUAGCAUUUCAGGCAAUUCUUACUGUUUCAGCUAUCAUUCCCUAAAGAUAAUAAACAGAAAUUUAAAGUGCAACAAUUUGUGGAACAUAAAAAAAAAUAUCGGAUAACAUACAGUAAAAUUCAAAGCUAUUUCUUUGGUUUUCUUUUAUAAUUAUAGAAAUUUGUUUGCAGCUCUUAACAUAAAUCAUUUCUAAUAUUUAAAAUGUAAUUUUUUAUUUUAUUUUUAAUUCAAUUAGGAUUGAAGUUAUGUUUAAAUUCAUUAAACUAAGGGUACAGUAUAAUAUCGCAACUGUAGUAAAAUUUUUUAUUACAUCUAAUUUCACACCAAAUGCUAAGCUUUCAGCGCGGAUAUAUACCAACAUCGCCAACUCUUGAAACAACUUUGUACAGCCAUCUUUUUGCUUUCUAGUGAAAUAAGGAAAACAAAACUUAUUGAAUAAUCAACUGACAAGUAAUAAGAAUUUGAAAUAAAAUCUAUCUAAAAAUCGUAAAUAUACUCCCUUCUGUUCGCAUUAAAAGAAACUGAUAAAAUAAUAAUAAAUAUGGAUUCCUGCAAGCGAUUUUCUACUACUGCGAAAGAAAAGUAUGAAUUCUUUAUCUCGCAUUUGAUUUGUUAAGGGCAUGUCAGCUUAACCACCGUUUUUAGUGGGUCCAAUCAAAUCCAAUGCUCUCGCAACGUCAUAUAGUUUUUUUGUUUCAAGAGCAUUUAUCAAAAUAUGUCACCAUGUCUAAGACUACGAUAAGAUCACGAAACGAUAACUUUUCAUCAGUCAUUCUAUGAUAUAUAUCUUAAAAGAUAGCGCGAAUUAAAUUUUUGUCUGACGUGUUUAAAUUUAAAAAGCUUUUAUAUAGUUUUGAAGGCAUAUUUGUAUAAUUUGAUAACGAAA